UCUGCUUCAUCCUACCAGUGAAUAUCGAUUACCACGUGAGUCCGGUGGAUUCAUCUGUUUUCACAAUAGGCUGUGUUUCUCGUUAGACGAAACCUGACGCCUCUCGAAGUACUCUUUCCAUCUUCUGAACAUACUCUCCUCGCUUUUCCCAAAUCCUUUGAAACACUUGCUACCUGAGAGUCUGCAAAAUGAUAAUUCCUGUAAGGUGCUUCACAUGUGGCAAAAUUGUUGGCAACAAGUGGGAGGCAUACCUGGGCCUGCUGCAAGCAGAAUACACAGAAGGUGAUGCUCUAGAUGCCCUGGGGCUGAAGAGGUACUGCUGUCGCCGCAUGCUUUUGUCCCACGUUGAUCUUAUUGAAAAACUGCUUAACUACGCCCCACUUGAGAAGUGAGCCAGUGAGCUGUGGUGUGCUUUGUUCUACACACUUGGGCUGAUUUAUUCUUUUCUGUAAAGUAUUUGGCUUCUGGUUUCUUUAUGUAAAUAGCAAUGUGUACUGUGUUUUACUAAGGAAAUGUUUUUGAUCCAUAAUAAAAUAUUUAAAGGCA